UAUACAAUAAAAAAUUGCAUUAGGCGACAUCUAUGAACAAAGUAAGUGCAUAAUAUCUAAAUUAAUUUUUAUGCAGAACGAACGCCAUCUUCAGGAUAUUGUUCAAAUAUAUUUACUUAUAUAUUUAAUUGGACAUAUUAAUGUUUAUUGGAAAAUAAAUAUUAUAUUAUUUCAAUAAAUAACAAUCUUAAUAUCAACUAGGAUAUAAAAAAUGUGUUACUUAUUAUUAUAUUUUAUUACAUUAUAAAUAUUUGUAAAAGUAUCCGAUUUAAUGAAAGAACAAAAAGAAAGAUUGUCUGAAAAGGAGUAAUGGAAUGGACGGAAAAAUGACGUUUGUCGACAGUUUUGCUUUGUUAUCGUGCCGAAUAAUUUCAACAUUUUUUAAGAGACAAAAUUUAUUGUGUGUUAGUGCGAGUAAUUUUCAUAUGGAUAAUAAAGAUGAAAUAAAAUCAAAUAUGGAAAUUGUUAACAUACCACCAAUUAUUUCCACUUACCGGCAAGCAUUGCAUACUUUUGAUGAGAAAUUUAAAAGCGAUAUUUCGACCAACUUGAAUAAGUUAAAACAAAUGAUGGAUAAUUUAAAAGCCGAUGACCUAGGUUUUGAUCAAAAUCUUAAUAACCCUUCAACGUGGAAAAGACCAAAUAAAGCGCCUUGCACAUACAUCGAAGUGUUUCAAAAUAGUUUAGUGAACAUGAGUAUAUUUGUGUUAAAACCCGGGUUCAAAAUGCCUUUACACGAUCACCCGCAUAUGCAUGGACUAUUAAAAGUAAUUUCUGGUGCUGUAAGAAUAAGAAGUUUUACCGAAUAUCCAUUAACGGAAAUAGUAAGCUCUUUGGACUUCGCUGCUCGAGCGAAACACGAAGCUGCGCGUAUAGCUCAAGGUAUUCACAAACGUAGAAGAUUAUUUGCUAAAAUAUCACAAGACAUUAUAUGUCAGGCUAAUUCUGCAACAUGUGUUCUGACUCCUACUUUAUCUAAUUACCACGAAAUAGAAGCUUUAAAUAUGCCAGCUGCGUUUUUUGAUAUUCUAUCGCCACCUUACAAUACGUUAAUACAGGAAGUAGGUCCAAGAAGAUGUGGAUACUAUUAUGUAGCAAAUGAGAUAAGUACAAACGUUGUAGAAUUACAAGAAACUGAUGUGCCAGAAUGUUUUUAUUGUGAUCAAGCACCAUACUUAGGGCCUAUGCUUAUAUAGCCAUAGAUUAUUUAGAAAUGACAAAAAUAGAAUUCUUAGAUAAUUUGAAAGUUACCAAGAAAACGAGGUUGUUGUUAUGAUCUCUAUUGUCGAAAGUAACUUGCAACAUUUAGUGCAAAUAAUUUUGUGCCUUUUAAAUAUUAAUGCCAAUAAAAAUAUUCUUAGAUGAAAAGACUUAGGUAGCGUUUUGGGUGUAUUUGUAAAAGCUUGUCAAAUUCAAUACAAGUUACCAUCUGGUUACAAAAUUGUGUCUUAAUUCAAUCAAUCAAUUAGAUUAAAUCAAAUAUAUUAAUAACAACACUGAAUUGUAUUAUUUUGAAGAAUAUCUCAAGACACAUUGUUCUAUACUAAUUUUCACAUAUUUUUGUAGAUAUGAUGUUGAAUUUUAACAUAAGUAUGAGAAUGUUGCUGUUAUUAAAAUAUUUGCUGACAUAAUCUAAACUAAGAUAAUAAAAUACAUAGUCAGAAAUGUAAGAGUAUGUUUAAAGCUCAUAAAUAAUGCAAAUACUGUGCUAACAAUUUGAAAGAAAGCUAAAAUGCUUCAUAAAGCACAAUACUGUAUUAAAAUCAUUUAACCAAACAAUACAGAAUGUUAUUUUGUACCAAAUAUAAACAAUGUUACAAUAAUAUGUGUUCAAUAAGCAACAAAACCAAAUCUGAUAUAAAACUAUAUAUUCUAAAAUUCAUCCUUUCUAUCAUCAACUCACCAAUCAGUCGAGAUGGCUUAGUGGAUAGAAGCCAUGAAUCUGUGAAAAAAUUAAUAAAUAACAUUACAACAAUUAUUUACAUACAUUUUCUUAUUAUAAUAAACUACAGAUAAAAUAUAAAAAUAUCUAGAAACAAUAUUAAAAAAAUAUAUGUUUGUAUAAUAUCAAUGUUCUGUCUUAAUACACAUUGUGUGUGUACAUAAAAAAGGUUUUUUAAACAUCACACAAAUUUUAUGAGGCAUAGUUAGCCAUUUAAUUAAUAUAUAAAAGUUUGUAGUUUUAAUGACAAAAGGUGUAAGUAUUUUAGAUAACAUAUCUGGUAUAUGUUUUUUUUUAAUUAACUGGUUUUUUUUUAUCCAAUGUCUACCAAAAUAAGUAAUCUAUGCU